AUGACAAAGGUCCCGCCUCCCUCUCCUAAUUCAACGAGAGACCCCGCUACCACGACGACGACGACGCCACCCACGGCGCGCCCGCCACUGCAGAGAUUGCCAGCCAGCGACGCCAAAGCCACCACCACCACCAACCCGUCCCACACUUCGCCCUCGGUGCCGCACUCGCACCCCGCCUCCUCCCACGACCGCGACCAUGAUGCCUCCCAUCUCGACAUGAGCACCCACCCCGCCCGCCAUGUCCACGACCAAGACGCUGCCCACCCGGCAAACGACAGUGCGACCGAGGCGCCACACGGCGGCGCCUCUCCCGAGGAGCUCGAGGUCGAGAGGCUGCGCAAUCUGCAGCUGAAGAUGCUGCUGCAGCAGCAGCUGCAGCAGCAGCAGCAGCAGCAACAGCAGCAGCGCGCCUGGCUGCGGACCUCGUCAAAUAGCGCAACCGUUGCCGCGCCGGGCCCUCGUCGCAUAUCCCCCAUCAAGGAAGAGCCCGUGUCAAGCAUAUCCCCUACCCUCGAGGGUGCCUUUAGCAGUCCUUCUCCUAGUCCCUUGCCUACUGGCGUUACUGCCUCGACCGAGUCUACUGAAUCAACAGAGUCCGCAAGGACGAUCCGCGGGAGCAUGCCACCCACGCCCGCCGCCGCCUAUCCCCUCCGAACACCGUCGUAUCCAUUCCCCACCGUCCCAAACACGCCAAGAUGGGCCUCUGCUUUCCACAUGCCCUUUACGAGCCUGUCGCCCACCGUGUCUGCUGGGCAGGUGCGAGAAUAUGCAGCACCCAGGGACCGUAUUGCCUCGGAGACCAGCACGCCUGCCGCAUCAAACACCCCCUUUGCGCCUGGAGGCCGACAACACGCCACGCCGGAUGUCGAAGACCCACGAUUUCCGAGCCCCAAUCUCUACGACAUUGUGUUGCGCUUGGGUGCCGAGCCUGGCUUGGCUGCCUGGUGGACCGCCGUGACGUCCAUCAUGCGCGACCACUAUGGAGUCGAACGAGCCACCCUGGCCGUGCCAGCCGAUGCCUCGGACAUUGAAAACGUACCCUGGGGCCAGAAGACCACCUUCACUGCGCCUGCCAACAAUGGCAGCCCGCAUACUGCGACGUACCAAGAAUCCGCCGGACACCAGGGCCAUUUUCAGUCCGAAGAGACACCGAGUUUCCGCGAAAACGAAUCCCUCGACAUGCCACCUAGCACCAUGAUCCCGGAGCGGAGGCCAAAACUGUUUUCGCACCAUUCGUUUGCGGGCCACGAACGCCAGAAGCCCAGCACGCCGCCAGACACGCCGAUACCCGCACAGCCCGUCCGUCCAAGGGGCCCACUGCGGGCCGCGAGUCAUGCUCCCCAUAUGGCCUCAAGGCCUGACCACCCACUAAGGCAGGUUUCGCAAGCCUCUUUCGACGGCACCUCUUCUGCCUUUGCAGAGGCGACACCAACAGGAGGUCCAACUUUUAGUGAUCCCGAGUUUUCUAGCGUCGGAGACCCUGCCCCAUCGAGUGCCGUGUACCAUGUUCUGCGCGCCCUAGACCAUGAGCCCGACGCCUUGAUCGACAACUCUGGGGUCAAUCGCGUCUUGGAAAGGGGGCGCUUGGUAACACUGACUAGAGACUAUUCGACGUCCUUGUCAACGUCCCGGGAAGACUUGGAAAAGGACAAAUCAGAACCGACCAAACCAUCGACAAUCCAUGGCAGUGCUGCCGCCCACGAAAUCCACAAGACACCCACCCGCGGACGGUCCGUCCUGGGGUCGAAUGAUCCGAGACUGCCCCAGCUGCCCCAGCGUUACGAAGAGUACGAGCAGUACCCGACCUCGCCAUGGGCACAGUCACCUGCCCCGUCACCAGCUAUUCAAAACGACGCCGACGUGAACCCCUUCUUUACCACCGGCAGUGUCGACGAAGAAACAUUCAACCCAUCACGGUCUCCACAGGACUACACACAGUAUGGCAUGGUCGAGGCUAUCGGCGUCGACAAAGCCAGCACGGUUACGCACAUACCGCUGAUACAUCCAACCUUGUCGCAGGUAAUGGCCUCAGCAGACACGUCCACCCCAUCCCAGACGCCGGCCAUGUCCAGAAGGCAGUCCGAGCAGUCGAUGGGGACUUCAUUCCAUCAAGGCGAUUUCGUGCGCAAAGCACCCAUUGCCAUUCUUUCGAUCCUCUCGCCUAUCGUCCCAUAUCCACGCAACUUGACCAAUUCACUCAAACACCUUGGCCCUCACCUCGCCACCUCCUUUUCCAAUGCAUGGCAUUUUACCAACGCCCAGACUCAGGUCGCCUCUAUCCGGCAGAGACGUAUCACCACCAGCACUACGGGAGGCAUCAGCCUGCCUUCGGAUUCUGACAGUCUUGACGACUUGCUUCAUCUCGAUCUUGGCGAUAUCGCAAACUCGGCAGCAGGCAGCGUCACAAGCCCAUCUGACUACUCCAGCCGCUCUAGACACAGCCCAGGAGGCUCAAUCGCCGGAACACCUGGCUGGGACACGUCACUGGGAUUCUCCAGCAGACACUCGCAUAGCAGCACACCUGGCCAUCUUGCUGGCAGUGAGGCCGUCGAGAGCUACUUUGACGCUAGGAAGCAAGCCAGCAAGACCCCCAACAAUCCAUCUUCGAGCGCACAAGAGCGGUCUGCACAAAAGCCCGAUAAACGCUCUGCGAAGCGAGUAACAGUAAACCCUGUCGCUGAAAAGGCCAAGGAGGAUCCUUCCAAGCCGCGUACCGAGAAGAAGGACGAGACCCCGAAUGCACGCCGCGCUCAAUUACCGGAUACCGCCAAGCGUGGCCACUCCUUCCUACACUCUUACGGCGCAGACUUUACCGCAUCAUUUCAGUCGCUGCCGGCUGCGACGACGCCGGGAGGAAGGCCACAGGGCCAUGCAAGAGCAUUGUCUGUCACCGAGUCUUCCGAGAUGCCGCCUCCUUCAGAAAGCUUACUCCGGACCAUUAUUGAUUCAUUGCCGGUUCAGAUCUUCACUGCCGCACCCAAUACUGGAGCCAUCAGCUGGGUAAACUCCAAGUUUCUCAUAUAUAGAGGCCAGACUUCACGCCAAGUGUUGCAGAAUCCAUGGGACUCCAUCCAUCCCGAGGAUCGCAAUGCAUACCUAGACGAAUGGAGUAGAUCGCUGCGAACUGGCCAGCAGCUGCAAAUGAAGGUCAGGCUGCAGCGCUUUGACGAGUGCUACCGGUGGUUCUAUGUUCGAGUGGCACCACUCAGGAACAAACGCCAGCAGAUUGUGCACUGGAUUGGCACCAACAUGGACUUUCACGAACAGCACAUUGCCGAACAAAACUCUGCCCGCCAACAGGAAACAGCUGCCUCAGAGGCCAAGUACCGCGCACUAGCCAACUCGAGUCCUCAGAUUGUUUUUGUCGUGUCAGACCGACGGGGUUUGACGUUUUGCAACUCCCAGUGGACUUCGUAUUCUGGCCAAAGUGAAGUGCAGGCACUCGGCAACGGCUUCCUCGAGCAUGUCCAUCCCGAUGAUGUUAUCAAGUGCAAGCUUCCUGAGUUGGACGAACACGGCAUCGCCAAUGUGCCUACAUCUCUACCACCGGACCAUGGACAACAAGACUCGAAUGCUUCUGACGCUUCAUCAGAGACUGAGAGAACCAUUACUAGUCCCAGCGGCUCGAUGCCAGACCGGAUGGAUAUGCCGCAAGCCAAGCUAUCGAAACUGGCAAGCACUGGUAUAUUGCGAGUCAUCAAGGAUGCUCACGGGCGGGCAUCUUACUCGACUGAAGUCCGACUUCGCAACAAGGAUGGUGACUACCGAUGGCAUCUCGUGCGCAUCUCGUUGGAGAGAUCGCUUGCCGAAACCAGCGACGAAGAGACUUGGUAUGGCACAGCUACAGACAUCAACGACCACAAGCUGCUUGAACAAACACUAAAGGAAACCAUGGACGCAAAAUCCAAGUUCUUGAGCAACAUGUCGCACGAGAUCAGGACGCCGCUCAACGGUAUAUCUGGAAUGGUCAAUUUCCUUCUAGAUAGUGUCCUGAAUGCUGAGCAAUUGGAGCAUGUCAACAUUAUCAAAGCUAGUACCGACAGUCUGCUCAAUCUCAUCAACGACAUUCUGGAUCUUUCCAAGGUCGAAGCUGGCAUGAUCAAGCUGUCCAUGGAAUGGCUCCAUUUGCCGUCUCUGCUCGAGGAGGUCAACGAUCUCAACAUGGGACUGGCGAUCCAGAAAGGCCUCGAGCUCAACUACCUUGUAGACGAAGGCGUCCCAGCAGAGGUCAAGGGAGACAAGUUCCGCAUUAGGCAGGUGCUGCUCAACGUGGUCGGCAAUGCCAUCAAGUUCACAGAGCAGGGAGAGAUCUUCAUACGGUGUAGACUGCAGCCGCCCGACCGCUCUCGUCCGCUAAAGGAGAACGAGACGAUGAUCCGGUUCGAAGUUGUGGAUACUGGCCAGGGCUUCACAGACGCCGAGGCCAAGUACCUGUUCAAGCGAUUUAGCCAGAUUGAUGCCAGCAGCACAAGACAGCACGGCGGCACUGGACUUGGGCUGGCCAUUUCGAUGCAGUUUGUCGAACUCCAUGGCGGCAGAAUGGAUGCUCGCAGCGCGCCAGGCAAGGGGUCGACCUUCUUUUUCACCAUCAAAUUUGGUCUUCCCACCGCGGACGACUACCCCAAGCCACUGGUGUCCACUCCAGGAACCCCCGCCUUUGAGCCACCGCUCGCACCUCCGUCGGCUCCUCUGAAUGCACCUCAGCCAUCAGCUCUCCAGAAGUUUGUGCAAUCGCAGAAUCCUGGAUUUGCACCUAUCAAGCGCGUAUCAAGCAUGUCGUCGGAGAAGAGCGAGCCGGCCAAAUCCCCUGUACCCAGUCUGUCGGCUUCUGAACGCUCGCGAGAUUCGCCUGCGCUCUCUUCUGGCAGCUCAGACCAAUCUCUAACAAGCGCUGCACUUACUGGCCAGUCGAGCCUCCGGUCUGAAAGGUCAUCUGCAUCAUCUUUCCUGCAAGAGACUAGUCCUACAACAGAUCCAGACAUCAGCCUAGCCUUGCCCGCCAAACGAUCUGACAGUGACAGCGAACGACAGUCGCCACCGUGUGACUCUAGCAGCUCUGUCGACUCGGAUCCGACUGUUCGCGCAGCCUCGCCGCAUCGCAGUCUUUCUCCGUUGGGCAGUGCCCUGCAACCUCCCAUGUACUCUAUCCUGGUGGUGUGUCCUCUUGAACACAGUCGAGAAGCUACCAUCAGACACAUCAAGAACACACUUCCCCAGGGCAUACCUCAUCAAGUCACCGGGCAGGCCAGUAUUAUUGGCGCCCAGCGGAUGAUGGGCGGCGACAAUCCUGUCCUAUUCACUCACGUCGUCCUUGUGCUGCAUGACACGUCGGAAGUUCACGCCAUUGUGGACCAGAUUUUCAGUUCCACAGCCUACAGCAACACGUCGGUGGUCGUGGUGUCGGAUCCUUCGCAGAAGAAGGAGCUCAUGAAGGAAGCGCCAGUGUAUGACUACGAGCAGCUUCACAAUGACCGCCGGCUGGAGUUCAUCUAUCGACCACUGAAGCCAUCGAAAUUUGCCAUUAUAUUUGAUCCACAAAAGCAACGCGAGUCGAGCACGGAUCGCAACCAAGACAGCGCGCAGCAGGUAGUGGUGAGCCAGAAACUUGUGUUUGAAGAGCUCAAACGACGAGUUGGGGGUAAGAAUCACAAGGUCUUGCUGGUCGAGGACAACAAGAUCAAUCAAACUGUAAUCCUCAAGUUCCUUGCUCGGAUCGAUAUCGAGACUGAAACAGUGCUGGACGGCGUACAAGCCACCGAAGCCGUCUUCUCCAAGCCGCCGGGUUACUACUCAAUCGUUCUUUGUGACCUGCAUAUGCCCAACAAGGACGGGUACCAGGCGUGUAAAGAAAUCCGGCGAUGGGAGAAGAAGCACGGAUACCGUCGCCACCCGAUCAUCGCACUAUCAGCCAACGUCCUUGGUGACGUGUACGCAAAGUGUGCGGAAGCGGGGUUCAACUCGUAUGUCACGAAGCCGGUCGAGUUCAAGGAACUCUCUCUUGCCAUGACCAAAUUCCUGGACCCGGCGGAUCCCACCAAACAACCGGCUCUCAUGAGGAAGAAGUGAGAGCAAAAACAUUUUCUUAUCUUUCUUGACGUACACAUACACAUUAUUAGGGCAUGAUUGCUCUGCACAGCCCCUACCUGCAUGAGCGAACGGCGCAAUUAGAGGCAGAGUACAUGCUCCAGGGCGGACGGACAGAGUCACUGUCGGCUUUUUACCAUUGAUGCGUUAGACGUGUAUUACCUAGCAUAUUUUCCGCGUCGACAAUGUAUCACGUUGAGUUGGAUUGGGGGGUUUGGAAGGAGGUAAUGUUUUUGAAACGAGUGCAUGGGCAUUUGACGGCGUAUGGAUGCUUGCAGGGUGCGAGGCGUCGAUUACGAUUGACUGGGUGUUUGACAAUGGGUAGGUAUCUGGGCGCCUCUGGUUGGGAAAAGGGUAAAAACACGAGGGUGUGAGUGCCCACCAGCCCGGGACUAGAGCUUACGAUGCAGACGCAGCGCAGCGCAGCGCGCGAGGGCGCACACUUGUACAAUAGGGACCUUUUUCAACCU